AGUUAGCAUUGGAACUGCCCCUUGUAUCUGUAAGAUAUUUUUAUGGGGAAGACAGCUCAGAAAUAGACAAUAUAACUUUAAAAUUCAUAAUGUGUUAUUACAAUACAGGGACUCGUCUGAGUUAUGGUCGUGUGAGUAAUUCAGCAAUAUUUCUACAGAGUACCUUAACAUGUCUGCUGCAAGUAGUGGAAAUGGAGAUCCUCCUGGAAACUUCUUUCCUAUAGCAGUCGUUGGCAUCGGUUGUCGUAUGCCCGGUGAUGUCAACAAUCCAGAGGAUUUCUGGCGAGUCAUUCGAGAUGGACGGGACGUCGUGGAUGAUAUACUACCAGAGCGUUGGAAUGUGGACCACUAUCACGACCCUGACCACACACAGACAGCCAAACAUUGCAUGCGAAGGAUCGGCAUGAUCAAAGAUAUUGACACAUUUGACAACAGCUUUUUCAAGAUUUCUCCUCGUGAGGCAGUCAGCAUGGAUCCCCAGCAAAGACACCUGCUUGAAGUCACUCACGAAGCAUUUGAAGAUGCUGGUAUAUUGUCGGAUGAGCUAGGCACCGAUGGCGGUGUGUUUGUUGGUAUCGGUUUAUUUGAUUACUCCAUCUACAUCACUGACCCUUACCUCAUGGAUGCCUAUGUACUGACUGGUAACGCCCACAGCUGUGCGGCCAAUAGGCUGUCUUUUGCCUUUGAUAUCAAGGGCCCAAGCUAUGCGUGCGACACAGCAUGUGCAAGCGGCUUGACAGCGCUGCAUCUAGCUGCAUCAGCGCUGUGGAACAAGGAGUGCAGUACUGCAGUGGUGGGUGCAUGUAAUGCCAUAUUGAUCCCAGAGGUUGCGAUAGGCUUCAGUCAACUUGGAGUAGUGUCUGCUGACGGAAUGAGUUGUCCGUUCUCGAAAUCAGCCAAUGGGUAUGUCCGCAGUGAAGGUUGGGGCAGUAUGAUACUUAAACCAUUGGACAAGGCUCUCCAAGACAAUGACCACGUGUAUUGCACUAUCCAUGGCUCAGCCAUAGCAGCCAACGGCAACUAUAACAGUCUGACCAUGCCGUCCCCCACAGCCCAGCAGUAUGUCAUGGGACAGACGUAUGAGCGAUUUGGUAUCGAUAGGUCAGAGGUCAGCUACGUUGAAGCACACGGUACUGGCACACCAGUCGGAGAUCCCAUUGAAGCCAAGGCUAUUGGUCUUACCUUCGCAUCCUAUCGGGAUGCACCUCUGAAGAUUGGCUCUGUCAAGAGUAAUUUUGGUCACCAAGAGUGCUGCUCGGGUAUCGCCAGCGCCAUCAAAGUUGCACUCAUGCUGGACAAGAAAAUGCUGUGCCCAACGAUUAAUUAUCAGGGCAUAAACCCUGAGAUUGACCUCCAGAAUCUGAAGCUAGAAAUCCAGCAGUCACUUGAGCCGAUAUUACCAAACUCCAACUUCACCAUUGGCUUGAAUAGCUUUGGCUUUGCAGGUGCCUUGGCCCAUAUGGUAUUACGAGAGGCACCUGAUUAUGAGGUAUGUAAUGACAGGCAGCAUGGUUCGAGAUCUCAAGCUGGAUGGAGGUUUGGUGGUUCAUCAAAGGGAGAGUAUGUCUUGAUUCCACUGACGGCCAGAUCUGUUGAUGCUGUGACCGAUUUAGCCAGGAGGUGGUUGAAGUUUGAUCACAAGAAUGAUGCCUUGAGUGUUGUGUCCUGGCUUGCAUCAAGAAGAAAACACUAUGAGUGUAAGUUGGCUAUCUUGGCAAACUCAAGUCAAAUGUUCAGGGAAAGGUUGCAGGUUCAUAUCAAUGAAGGAAGCGGCGAGGGCAUCUUUACGGGAUCCAACUAUGGCACAGAUGUUCCCAAAAUCUGCUUCGUUUUCCCCGGGCAAGGGCAACAGUGGGCAAACAUGGGCCGGCGUCUCUACUACACCGAGGAGGUGUUUCGUGGAGUCGUUGACAAGUGCGACAUGAUCUUCCGUCAGUUGAGUGGCUGGUCUGUGUUAGCUGACAAGGAUGUUUUCAAUGGCAUCCAUUCUGGAGUGUCAGUACAGGAUGAGUUUCGGUCGGAUGAAGUCGUGAAUGAGAUGGAAGUCGGUCAGCCGGUGAUCCUCUUCUUCCAGCUUGGCUUGUAUGAGCUGCUGAAUCACUGGGGCAUCCAUCCCGAUGUCUGCGUUGGUCAUAGUUUAGGAGAGGUUGCUGCUGCUUAUGCCUGCGGAGGCCUUACAUUGGAAGAAUCUGUGGCAGUAAUAUAUCAUCGCAGCCAACAGCAAGUGAUGCUGAAGGGAACGGGUAGUAUGGCAGCAGUUCGUCUUUCACUGCUUGAAGCAAAAGCAAUGUGCUCCAAGUAUCACAACCUCCAUAUCGCUGCUAUCAACGCACCAAGUAACAUAACCGUUGCUGGCUCAACAAGGUCAAUCCAACAAGUCUGCCAAGAGAAUCCUUCACUAGCCAAACAACUGCGGGUCCAGUGCUCCUUCCACUCCCCAGACAUGGAGCCAAUGGAGAGACCCUUUCGGAAAGCAAUGGACGGGGCAGUUUUGACUCAAGGAAGAUUCAACGACAUUCCAUUCUAUUCCUCUGCCUUCGGGAAAAAGUACGAUGGCGUCUUCUCAACAGACUACUGGUGGGCUAACAUCCGAGGCUGUGUUCAGUUCCAAGAUGCGGUUGAGAAGAUUUUAGAUGAAGUGCAGCCUGUAAUCUUUUUGGAGAUAGCAUCAUCUGCUACCUUGAUCUCUUCUGUCAACCAGAUUGCCAGUGUGUCAAAACCUGGUAAAAUCACGAGUAUCGCCUGUGGUAAACGGAAGCAAGAUGAUAGACUUGUGGUCUUACAAGCUCUUGCAACUCUGUAUACAUCUGGUGUCAAGAUAGACUGGAAGAACAUCACCCACGAUACGGCACAAUGGUUGCGACUUCCCACAUAUCCUUGGCAGAAACAGUCCUAUUGGAUUGAAGCAGAGAACAAGAAGAACACACGACUUGUGUUAACGGACCCCACUUUCAAAACAGCAAACGGAUGUGUGAGUUUAGAGGAAUUUCCCUUCUUGUCAGAUCAUGUCGUUCAAGAUAAGGUCAUUUUCCCAGGUGCUGGUUACAUAAGUUAUAUCCUACAGAUGUGCAUGUCAGCUGAACAGCCAUUCGUUGUGAAGAAGAUCAAUUUCGUCAAAGUGCUUGUCUGGCCAGAGAAGGUGAAAAAAUUAGGAGAAAAAACAAGAGUCCAGUUGUCUUUUGAGACGAGGGGUGUAGUUGUGAGUAUCACGGGUGAUAAGCAUAAAGUUUGUGAUGCUGAGAUAGAUGACAUCAAGCCCCAUCCAAAGCACAGGCUUACUCUACCUGUUGAUGACAUCCUGAAGACCUGUGCAGUCAGUGUGUCGGCAGAGAAUCUCUAUUCAUCCUUUGCAGAAGUUGGAUUGAAGUAUGGUCCAGCAUUUCAAGUCAUCGAUAGGAUUGUGAUGGGAGACAGGGAAGCUGUUGGUUACCUCAAACCAGCGCAGAAGCAUGGGCAGUGUCUAGAUGUGACAACCCUUGAUGGCUGCUUUCAGGUCCUUCUUGCAGCUGUGAGACAAACCACUACCUUAUAUCUCCCAGUUCACGUCCAGUCUCUUCAAAUGUUUGUCUCCCACAUGCCACUGGGUCUUCCAUUGUUGAUACAUGCCAAGAUUACCGAGUGUGAUAGCUGGAACGUGGUUGGUGAUGUCACUUUAACAGACCAGGAAGGAGUAAUCUUGGUAAAAGUUCUGGGAUGUCAGUGUAAGAAUGUCAGUGGCACUCGGAGCACAGUUGAUUUGGAGACUUGCCUCUAUGCCAUCGAAUGGCAGCCCUCUGCAGCAUGUCUACCGUCUACGAGCUUGAUGAGUGACAUCUUCCAUGAGCACUACCUGCGGAAUCACUUUCCUGAUGAAAUGGAUGCUGUUGACAAAGGAGAAGACAAGAUUGAUGUAUUCCGCCGUGCCUCAUUGUCUUACAUCAGACAUGCUCUGAGGGAGGUGCCUGAAAAUGAAAGAGGCAUCUGCGCACGCUAUAGCUGCCAUCUUCAAAGCUCAGCUGCAAGCAAUGAGGAAUCCUUCCCACUGGAAGACAUUCCUCACUAUCUUGAUGACGUCUCGAGAAGUGCUCCAGAUACAGCCAUCGAAUGUGCAAUGAUCAGAGCAAUGGGGGAGAACCUUCCAAACUGCCUGAGGAAUCCUCUCUCCUCACUGAACCUGCUGUUCUCAUUCCUUGAGGAUUAUUUUAACAGCGCAUCCAGCAUCAACAUCUACUACAAAGCUAUAAUUGAUCUUCUGUCCAAGUCUGUGCUGGAACUCUCGAAAAAGAAGAAAGUAAUACGGAUUCUUGAGGUUGGUGCAAGAGUUGGUGGGUUUGCCAGGCUUCUUCUGGACAACCUUAAGUGUCUAGGUGUAGCAGAGAACCUACAGUACAUCUUCACAGAUAUCAGUCAGUCCUUCUUUCCUAGAGCAAGGGCAAAUCUACAAGACUAUCCGCAAGUGAAGUACAAGGUCUUUGACUUCCAGCAAGACCCAGAAGCGCAAGGGUUGGUGCCAGGAUCUGUCGAUAUUCUCAUCUCCCUAGAUGCUCUGCAUUCUGCAGUAGACUUGCAUUUGGCUACAGAGAAUCUAAGAAGCCUGCUAGGUGAGGGUGGUUGGUUACUAGUUAUGGAGACAACAAAGGGUAACUACUGUCAAGAAUUGAUCUUUGGUAGUCUUGAAAUGUGCUGGACAUACCAAGAUUUUCGCACAAACAGUUGUUGGAUGUCGCAACAUGAAUGGGUUGAACUACUCAGACGAAGUGGUUUUGAUAGUGUCGUUGGAUGUUCCACUCCAAGUGAGUACUUCCAUAGUGUCAUGCUUGGUUGCAAGUCAUCUACCUCCUCACAAAAGGAGCUGACAACAUCGAUAGGUGGCUCUACGCCGGGUCAUCACUGGAUUCUGAUUUCAGACACAUCACAAGAAAUGUUGAACCAACAGUUGAAGCAUCACCUAGGGCCACCUCAACAAGAUGUACGUCACUCUUCCGAUACUGACUACUCCACUGUUCUACAAAGAACCAAACAUCCUGUGGAUGUGGUGUAUAUUUGGGGUCCAGCAGAUGGCAAGCUGCACUGUCUAUUGAGGUUAAUGCAAGCAGUCGCACAGAAAUCAGACAUCAUAUCUCGGUUCUGGGUGGUGACUGAGGGUGCCUGCAUUGAAUGCCACAACACCAGUGCCCAGUUGGUUGUUGGAUUUGCACGAGCAGCGAGCAACCAAUUGCCAGUCCCAGUAAUCUGUCUUGAUCUGGAUCCAAACAGCUGGAUACAAGAGAAAGUGGCUCACUUAUCUGCCUUGAUUCUCAACCCUAACUCACCGGAGAGAGAGAUUGCUGUUCGCAGUGGUGAGCUUAGAGUACCCCGUCUCAUGCCUGUCAAAACACAGGACAAAGUUGUCCAUGAUAGUAAAGACAAAUACUGGAGUUUGGAGCCAGAGAAAUACAAUGAUGCUGCUGCCGGUGAAAAGGGUACCACUGUUAAACAUGUUGGCUUUAUGUUACAUUCUGAGAUGCAGGUCAAUGCAGCUGAGGUUCUUGUCAAAGUCAAAGCAGCAGCUCUGAAUUUCAAAGACGUAAUGGUGUCACUGGGUAUGCUCGAUGAGUUAAUCCUUACAGAGGAUAGACCGCAAUUUGGGCUCGAAUGUGCCGGGACUGUUCACAGAGUAGGGAGUGAAGUCACACGCUUUCAGGUUGGAGACGAGGUGCUUGGUUUCGGUACAAACUGCUUUGCUUCUCAUGCAGUUUGUAAAUCCCAGCUUCUCGUCAAGAAACCCUCACGUGCGAACUGGGUUGAAGCCGCUGGCAUUGGUAUGGUGUUUGUCACAGCAUACUAUUGCUUGAUUCAAAAGGCAAAGCUGCAAGAAGGAGAGAAAGUCUUAAUACAUUCAGCAUGUGGAGGGGUUGGUCUUGCUGCAAUCCAGAUUGCUAAGAUGGUGGGUGCCGAGAUCAUUGCAACUGCCGGCACAAAAGAAAAAAGAAAGUAUCUUCAGGACACCCUUGGGUUGACUUAUGUCACAGAUUCCCGUUCAGAUCAGUUCUAUACAGACGUGAUGAGAUGGACAGGUGGCCAAGGCGUUGAUGUCAUUCUAAACUCUCUGGCGGGUAAGCUACUACACAAAGGGUUUGCCCUUCUGAAGCCAGAGGGUCGUUUCUGUGAGAUUGGCAAACGUGACAUCCUGCAGAAUUCCACACUCCAGAUGAGCCCAUUGAUGAACAACGUCAGCUUCCUCAGCUGUCAGAUUGACGCACUGAUGCAAUCUAAUCCAUCUCUAGUCGGCACUCUGCUAGAGGAUGUCAUUUGCCUGAUUGAGCACGAGAGGCUGCAUCCAGUUCCAACUCAAGUCUGCGACAUGAGCUCUUUCUCUGAUGCAUUUAAGACAAUGGCAAAAGGCACACACAUUGGUAAAUAUGUCUUUGAGGUUAUGCCUGACUUUCAAAUCCCAGCUGAUCACCUCAUUCCCUCCACGAAGCUGUUUAAGUCUUCAGUCACUUACCUAAUAACAGGAGGGUACGGAGGUAUAGGUCAGGCUAUGGCGCGCUGGCUGGCUGCUAAUGGAGCACGCCACAUUGCUUUGGUUUCACGCACCGGGCCAUCAACUGCUUCUUCCAGAAGCACAAUCAGUUAUCUCCAGAAGCACGGAAUCCACACGUAUCAACUACAGUGUGAUUUGUCUGACCAACUCAGAACAUCACAUAUGCUUACUGAGCUAAGACGCAUGGCACCACCUUUAGGAGGUGUGUUUCAUCUUGCAGGCGUGAUAGCUGAUGAGUCACUUGAUACACUCAGCCCUCAGGAUCUAGAUGCUAUCAUAGAUAGCAAGGCUACUAGUGCGAGGAACUUGCACAGUCUGACUUUGUCCGAUGACUUGGACGUCUUCUUCCUGCUGUCGUCGGUGUGUGCAACCUGGGCACAUGCCUCCCAGCCUGGCUAUGUAGCUGCCAAUGCGUACCUUGAUGCACUAGCCGUACAUCGUUAUCAGCACGGGCUGCCCGCAUUGUCAGUGCAGCUAGGGCCAAUCCGUGGAGCCGGCUACUUGGAAGGGAAGCCGGAGGUAGCCAAAAUCUUUGCUAGCAAAGGCAAUAAGUCACUGCAUGUGGUGGAGUUCCUGAAGAUGCUUCAAAGACUGAUCGAGACAGGAUACGAGAAACCAGUCAUAUGCCUUGCCAACCAGGACUGGAGCACUACCAUGCAAUUCUGCCACAGCUCCAGCAUGAAGUUUCGUCACCUUGCUGGGUGUGGUCCCACUCAUAGUCCAGGCACAUCCGCCGUCGAGAAGACUGUUGAAGAUGUGGAGGGCGCCCUCAAGGAGAAACUGGCCGAGUUACUGUUUGUCUCAGCCAACAGCAUUGAUAUUCAGCAACCAAUGAUUAAUUAUGGGGUCGAUUCGCUCAUGGCGGUCGAGGUAGUGACGUGGGCUGCAACGACACUCAAUGUCAGCAUAUCCCAGUUGGAUGUGUUGAGCGGUAUAACUACUGCAGAGCUCUUACAGAAAGCCUGCCAGGAUUGAAACAGCCAUGUUGUGAUGGCCUACUUCCAAAACUGUAAGGCUGUCUAUAGUGGAAUCCGGCGACCACAAUAAAAAGCUUUUACUGCGGUGGUGUCACGCUCAUGUGCAUGCUGCACACGUUCUAUCUUAAUCGCACACGUAUUUUGGUAUUCCCUGUGGUCGAAGGAGCCCGGAUUGAUGUGUACUACCUGAACAUGACUCAGGCAAGCCUGGUGCCACCAUAGAAAUGGCUGCCGCCAGAUUUGUCUAUAAGCCUUACAGAUUUCAAACAUAGGUCUGGUCCGAUAGGUUAACUUUGCGGUCCUUUUGUAGUCAAAAACUUUUUAGCCUUUAGGGAGUUUCCCCAAUCAUGGGAUUUGUAGAGACACCAUACCUCUGUUAAGCUAGGGCGACUUUCAAAUCCGACCUAAUUUGACAAUAAAGUGAGUUUUUAGACUAAUUUCUCGCCAACUCCAUAGGCACGGUCUCGUCGACUUGCAUGCAAAACGGGAAUGUUUUUGAUUUUGUGCACAGCAUAUGUAGUAUUGUAUGAUGCCUCAGAGUGCCGUCGCAUCGAUACAUUGCAACCUGUAAUGGCUCCAGACUAACAUAAGGGUAGUCUAUUGUAGCCAAUAAGCCUCAUACUCAUGAACACUAAGAUUCACUUCACUAGAAAGGUAUGUUCAAUUUAUUAAAGGGUCUAGAUUAGCAGCGUUGUAACUAUGUCAAAGUAACAAAGUAAAGUCAUAAGUUACUAUCGUGAGUUUCAAGUCAAAACUCAGUGGG